ACCGUGGAAUAGGUACAGCCCACUGAGAAGCCUGGGCAAGUCUAAAAGCGAAACAGAUGGCGAAGAAGCGAGAUGAACUCAGCACCGAGCGGCGCAAAAACUCAUCCAAAUCGCGCGUCCGUACAGAUCAGCCUUCCAACUCAGCUAACUCGUCUUCCAACUCGAAUCUUCCACUCGGACCUCAGAACCUAAUCAUCAUCUUCAUCGUAAUUCCCGCCAUUUCAGUUAUCGUAUACCGUACAUUAUACGGUCCUACGGCAGCUACCAUAGUCCCUUCCGUAUACGAUCGUAAUCUCGUCAAAGCUGAAGUAAAAUAUCAGGAGAUCAUCGCUGAGCAUUCGAGAGUUUCCGCAAAUUUAUCGAGGACUUUUCAGCAUUCUGUGCUUGCUUAUGUUACUCCCUGGAAUUCCAAGGGCUAUGAAAUGGCAAAAGAAUUCAAUUCUAAAUUUACUCAUAUAUCACCUGUGUGGUAUGAUCUGAAGAGCCAAGGAGCCAAUUUAGUUCUUGAGGGAAGGCAUAAUGCCGAUAAAGGAUGGAUUUCAGAGCUUAGAAAGAAAGGAGGUGCAAAGAUUUUACCCAGAGUAGUCCUGGAAGCAGUUCCUGCGUACCUGCUACAAAAGAAGAAGCAGAGGGAUAAAGCAAUUAACCUAAUCAUGGGUGAAUGCAGUGAAAUGGAUUUUGAUGGUAUUGUGUUAGAGUCUUGGUCAAGGUGGGCAGCAUAUGGUGUCCUGCGUGAUCCUGAUAUGAGGAAAUUGGCACUGAAUUUUAUACAAGAACUGGGACAAGCGAUGCAUUCUGGGGGUCUAGAGAUGGAAAGCAAGAAAAGUCUGCAGUUGGUCUAUGUUAUAGGCCCACCACAUUCGGAGGUGCUCAAUGAGUAUGAUUUUGGGCUUGAAGAUCUACAAGCAUUGAGUGAUGCAGUAGAUGGUUACUCUUUGAUGACUUAUGACUUCUCAUCCCCUCAGAAUCCUGGUCCAAAUGCACCUUUAAAGUGGAUACACUCAGUCAUGCAAGUGCUCCUUCAUGGCACCGAUAGCAGCUCUCAAACUUUGGCUCAAAAGAUAUUUAUUGGAUUAAAUUUCUAUGGGAAUGAUUUUGCUCUUUCAGGAGGCUUAGGUGGUGGUCCAAUUAUUGGAAGGGAGUAUCUCUCUUUGUUGGAGCGGCACAAACCAUCCUUGCAGUGGGAGACGAACAGUGCUGAACAUUUCUUUGUGUAUUCUGAUGAUCGAAAUGACCAGCAUGUGGUAUUUUACCCGUCCUUACUGUCAAUUGCCGAGCGGCUUAGGGUGGCACACACAUGGCGAGCCGGCAUCUCAAUUUGGGAGAUUGGGCAAGGACUUGAUUACUUUUUUGAUAUACUUUGAUGACCAUUUUGUAAGUAAGAUGGUGUAUCAUAGUUCGGAUACAUGUUUUCUUUGGACGUACUUAACAAGUUUUAUGUUCAAGAUAGAUAACAGUGCAUAGUAGAAUAGAAUUUAACA